UACUGCGUCAUCAACACAUCAACACAGUACAUCAACAAGUUGGACAACAACUGAACACCCGAUUGAAACGUGGACGUAACUUCGAAAUUGUUCCACGGAACGUGUUUACAACAGUAACAAGAUGAAUAUCGUAACCGUGAUAUUGUGCAGUGUGAUAGCUGCAGGUUUUGGGCAGGAAUCCACUUCGCUAGGAGCUCCCGGCGAGCACCAGGGGGCGCCGACAGGCGAGGACGAGGGGGCGCCGGCAGGCGAGGACCAGGGGGCGCCGGCAGUCAUCUGCGGCAACUUCAGUUUGUCGUGUGUUGAGUGCGCCGCCGUCGAUGACUGUCUUUACGUCUACUGCUCCAAACCUCGAGACACGAACUUGUGCGUGGACUCGCGGCUUGCCCCCGGCGCCUGUAGCUUGCUGGAUGCUUCUGUGUCGACCGUCGACCAAUGUCCCGAGAUGCUGAAUCGCUCGGACGCCGAGCAUCCGCCGGGAGCGAGACAGCUGGAGGAGCUGGCGAGACAGCGUGAGUUGAAGAAGGCGUUGCCGUCGACGACGACGACGACAGGGCAAGCGGACCCCAGCGGAGCGACGAGUGAGCUGAGCGGUUCCGGGAUUACUCCCGGCGACGCGUCCGUCGCCGCCGGCAACGCGUCUGGUUCCAGCGAGCCGGCCGGCGCAACAUCUACGGCGGCGCCCCCUGGUCAACCCACCGUCUUGACAAACGAAACGACGACGACCAACGCCACGGCGACCGUCUCGCCGACCUCCGACCCCGGCAUCUCGACGCGCGCCUCGAACGACACCGCACCGACCAUCGCCACGGCAACGACGAACAACACGUCGGCCGCCGCCUCCUCAGCAGCGCCCCCUACGUCGUCGUCGUCGCGGGCGGCGGCGGCGGCGGCAACAGAGGGCGCCGCGGUCGGGCAGAACUUCGACGUUGCGAGCUUCGUCGGUGGAAUCGUCCUCGCUCUCGGCUUUCUCGCGAUCGCUUUCUUCGGAUACAAGUUCUACAAGUCGCGGACGGAGCGCAAUUACCAGACGUUGUAAGAUUGGUUUUCGCGCAGCAACCGCGCGCG